ACCAGGCGAAUAGGCAGUACGAGCAGGGCGAGAAGGUCACCUGCUGCUCUUUUUGCGCACUUCAUUCGCUGCGUGCUGAACUCACGUCGCCGCAGUAGUCAUCCGGUCGAUCGCGUGCGCACACACAUCAGACACACUCGCAUUCAUAAUCGCCGGAUAUAACGCUUGAAGCGAUUGUGCAAGUAACCCACGACGGUAUCGAAAUAGCUACCAGCUAACGCCAUCGCAGCGUGGCCUAUCGAUUCGAAUACGCCCGAUGAUGAAAAAGAAAGUCGCACCUCAGUGAAAUUGUGUGCACGAGUAACAAAAAAAAAAAGAAAGGAGAAACAUAGACAAGAAAGUUUGCAAAUCGAACUAAAAACUACAUACAUACGUGAAAAGCAUAAAAUACCAAACUAAAAUAAAUUAAAGAAAAAGACCAACAAAAUCUAAAAAAAAAAAAAAUAAAAUUACGGUAAACGGCCAACGGCAGCAUUUCGUUAAACCAACUUGUCGCUUCGCGUUUUCGAUGUUAUACAACUUGAAUAUUUAAGUUUAAAAAAACAUAUAUAUAUUUUUCGUGUUUUUGUUUUUCUGCCGAGUGUCGCACUAUUUGGCUUUAUUUAUUGCCAACCAAGCCAAAUAACAAAAAAAAAACAAAACACAAUAACAAAAUUUAAAAAAGCAACCAACCAGCAUUUCGGCGAAAAUAAUGAGGAACUACACACACAAAAACAGCAAUGGCAGCUGGGGCAGCGCCAGCAGCCGCGGAGUCGGUGUCGGUGUCGGUGUCGGUGUCGGUGCAGCGAAAGUAAUUGCAACAUGCCUCAUCUUAAGCGUUUCCAUGCAAAUGUGCUGCGGCUCGGCGAUACCGAUUUGGGAAUUUUUAACGCGCAAUGAAAAGAUGUCGUAUCUCUAUUCCGCAUUCGGGCAAUUGGUUAGUGUGCAUUGCAAAGCUACCGCCACCGCCACUGCAAUGCCAGUGAAUCAGUGCAAGCGCGACUUACUAGCCUAUGGCUAUGAGAAACUGCAGACGUUCGCCGAUUCGCAGUUGGACCAGUUGGAUCCAUAUCAACGAGGCGCCAAUGAACUAAUUUGGUCUUCCAUCAUGCGCGAACACCCGAGUUCAACACUCGUUACCACCCGCAAACCCUUGCCAACACCACCGGAUUCCUCCAUCAUAAUCCUAACACAUCAGAAGACGGCCAAUACAGCAGCCCCCUCAUCUGCCAACGCUGCAGCCGCCGCCGCUGCCUCCACUACAACCAACAGCCAAAAUCCACUCUUCGACAGCGAUGCUGAUCACAAGCACAAAUUCGCCUGGGACAUGGACUUCGCCUACGGUUAUCCCGUCACUCAAACAACAGUCAAUCAGAAGCCUCACGCCGAGACUUUUCUCAGCGGUCCGCUUGUCUUCCGCGUUCGCCCUGAUGGCACUCCAGUCGAGGAAGAUCAGCACAAACCUCUACCACGCGAUGAAGAUUUGGAGGCUUAUCAAUUGAGUAGCGCUGCGGCUGGUAGGGGGGGUGCCUCUGCCUCCACAGCUGCGCCAGCCGUCAGUAGUGGCCAGCCUAAGCAUCGCAAAAUUGCUAUGAUCAGUGAUCUUAAGCAGCAGCACUUGGCUUCGAUGGCGUUGCAUCGUGAUUUGCAGCCACCUUACCAACAGCAACUGCGCAUCCGUCGGCAGCAGCAGCAGCAGCAGCAACAACAGCAAAACGUGGCCGUAGCUGGGCGUGCGUUCCCAUUUGGCGGUUACUACUACGCUCAGGGCCAAGCGUAAAAAUCUAUCAGUAAACGUAAACUUCAGAUAGAAUAGAACUGAAGUGAGAAUAUUUCUAAACACACAAAAAGGAUAAUUUCAAUUAAUAUUCGAUAUGUAAUUCAACUGUUCGUCGACUAGUUUUCGUUUAAUGAUUAAUCGUCUAAAAAUAAUUUGUGAUAAUUAUCAGAUUAUCGAACAGACGCAUUAACUGAAUCGAAUGGGAGUCGGAACGAAAUCACUUUGUUUUCUUAAGCAACUAAAGAGAUUUUUUCCUUGAACUGAAACCCAGCUCAAGCGCCGUUUUCCGAAAUGCUCACUACAAAAACACUUUUUCCUGAUUAUUUUCUUUUCAUAACUGUUUAGCAUAGGUAGUAAAAGUGCUGGUGUGUAUGCGUUUUGUAUUUGUGUGAAUGUAAAUACUUAUAGGUUUCAUUUAUGUAUACUACAUUCUUAGAUAUAUUUUAAAUUUAAAUUUUAAUAUAAAUUUGACUAACGAAAUUUCUUAUUAUCGUAGAAUAAUAUUCGUUAAUCUAUUAACAAAAACUUUGACAUGUACUUUGUUUUGAAAUAUUUACUUUAAAUUUUAAUGCUCGAUUAUUUAUUGUACUUAGAUAUAUAGAACUUACUUGUAUUUCAUAAUAAAGAAUUAAUUUUAUACAUACAUACAUAUGUACACAAUAAUGAAA